UGAUGUAUCGCUAGGGCAAGGAUGGGCGUACAGGCUUUCGUCGCGGAGAGGCUUCGCCGCGCUCUCCUAGGCAAGUACGAGUGACUUCGGUGGUCUUUUCCAUUCCGCUUACGUUCCCCAGCUUCAUUUCUACAGCUGUUUACCGAAAAGCAUCAGGAAAUAUUUCCGUCCUGUAUGGCCAGGGUAGCCUUGAAGUGGCUAUUUAGUCCAGCUGAGGAUAACCAUAGUUCCUGAUCCUCCUGUCUCCACAUCCUCAAGUGCCAUGAUUACAGGUGUAAUGUCAGGGAAAAGCAGGAAAAGGAGAAGAGAUGAGAACGAGGAGGCCAACCAUGAUGACCGUCAUCCAAAGAGGAAUAAGCAGGACCAGGCCUUCCAGGACCCUCACGCUAUAGAGUCGUCAAGCAGUGAUUAUGAAAGAAACCACAGCAGCAUCAAUAACCCAGUACGAGGAAGUGUACCAGAAAGCAGCUUAAACCAGAGCAUUGCUGAACUUUACUCCAAUAUCCCCGAGUUCUCACACGAGGACUAUGCACUGUGCCAAGGCCAAGGUCCUUACUCCCACAUUAACCAGAUCUUGAAGGAGGCCCAUUUCUACAGCCUACAGCAGAGAGGACAAUCACCGACGUGAUGACCUGGGUGCUCCUCCUCCCUUCUUUAUAAAAAGCAAUGACAUUCACACCAAGCAGUCUUGGCUUUUGUCUGUAUUUUCAGUAAGAGUCAAUGGGCAUUUGUACUCUUUUGCUGUUUUGCUCCACCACUGUGAUUUCAGAGGGUCAUUCGUGACAGUUUGAUAUGUUUUCUGUCAAGUCUGGUGUCCAAUUCAUGUUCAAAUAGCAGCAUGAGGAUUUCUCCUGAUACUGAAUGGCUUGUUUGUCCCAUUCAGGUUGGGUUCCAAGUUACUCAUCUGGGUCUCUAUGUUAAAUAUCCUUUUACAAUGUGACCCCUCCUUCUGAGAAGCUAAGGCCCAUAAAAGAAUGUGUACUUUCCCUUAAAACAUGAAAGAACAAACAACAGUAGCAAAUAAGCCAACACCAAAGCAGUAAUGAGCAUUGAUUAGAGGGAGAAUGGGGCUUGUUCUCAUUCUGAAAUGAAUGGCAAGACAGCUCCUCAGAAGGGAGAUUUUCUACCUAUAAUGGCGCAAAUGUCAGCCUCUGCAGUUGUGAACAUGAAGCCUGGGUCUGGUAACUGCACUCCACAUUCCCAGUGAGAAGGCUUCUUCCUUUAAUGCCCCUUUGUGUUCCUUUGAGACUUUGUGGAGAGCCCUUGUAAUUCUGUCAGAGAUUAAGUGCAAAAAUCUAGAUAUGAACGGCUUGUGUGUUGUUCCUUACAGUUCCAUCCAUGAUGUGUAAUGUUGAU